GGACAAAGGCGCGGGACGUAUCAGUGACCAUCAAGCCCGACCGACUGGCUGUGAAGCUUGGAUGGUACGGCCGGGUGGUCGAUGGCCCCCUGUUCAGGAGAUGCAAGGCGUCGGAGUCCCUGUGGAUUUUUGAGGGGGUCGAGGUUUACGUGAUGAUGCCGAAGGACGACGGUCACUAUUGGAAGGGAGUCUUCGAGGGAGGGGAGGAAAAGAGCUAUAUGGAGGUGCUUCAGGACCUCGUGAGUGCUGACGAACCGGUGGUGCCAUAUGACGACCUGGACGACAGGGCGAAGGAGCUGAUAGAGGACAUACAGGAACGGCAACAGAUGGUCCAUGAGGGGCUGAUAGAUUUGGAAGGAUUCGACGACUUCAGAGUCGUAAUUGGAGAAAAUUCCAUGUAA